AUGUCAUCAGAAGAAGCUCCAGAUAAAUCCCAAUUAAAAAUUAGAUUUUUCACUCGUGAAAAGGAUGAAUCCCUUCAUGUCCAGGACACACCAAUGUAUGUCCCAAUAACAUUGAAAAGAUAUGGUCUAUCAGAAAUUGUUAAUCACAUCCUAGAAUCCCCUACUCCAAUUCCAUUCGAUUUCUUAGUAGAUGGUGAAUUAUUACGUACCUCCUUACAGGAAUAUUUAACCAAGAAAGGGUUAUCUUCUGAAAAUUCUUUGAAUUUAGAAUAUACAAGAGCUGUAUUACCACCAUCAUUUCUAUCCAGUUUCAACAAUGAAGAUUGGAUCAGUUCCCUUGAUGUAUCUAGAGAUACCGAUAACAAAGCAAUAAUUAGUGGGUCCUAUGAUGGGGUAGUUAGAACUUGGAAUAUGGAUGGGAAAGUACAAAAACAAUAUAGUGGUCACUCAGGUCCAAUCAAAGCUGUCAAAUUUAUCUCAAAUACGAGAUUGGUCUCUGCAGGUAAUGAUAGAACGUUACGUUUAUGGAAAACUAAAAAUGAUCAACUAAACAACAGUAACGCCACUGAACAAGAUGAUGAUGAAGACGUGGAAGAUGGGAAAACUUUGGCUAUCUUAGAAGGUCAUAAAGCUCCAGUAGUAUCCCUUGAUGUAUCCAUCCCAACUUCAAGAAUUCUAUCAUCCUCCUACGAUAAUGCAAUUGGGUUCUGGUCUACCAUUUACAAAGAAAUGACUACAGUGGAUCCAAUGGAAGAAAUUAAGAAUCCUGAUAAUAAGAUCUCAACCGCAGCAAAGAAGAGGAGGAAGCUAACAUUAAAAGAUGGUACCAUUAGAAGACGUGCACCAUUAGCUUUAUUAGAAUCACAUACGGCCCCUGUGGAACAAACAAAUUUCGAUAUAAAUGAUAAUACUGUAGGUUACUCCGUAUCACAAGAUCAUACCAUAAAAACUUGGGAUUUAGUCACAGCAAGAUGUGUAGAUACCAAAAUUACUUCGUAUUCUUUAUUAUCUUUGGUUCAAAUGCCAACUUUGAAUCUGUUAGCUUGUGGGUCUAGUGCAAGACAUAUCACGUUACAUGAUCCAAGAAUGGAUUCUUCAUCAUCAAAGAUUACUCAACAGCAAUUGAUCGGUCAUAAGAAUUUCGUAGUUUCGUUGGAUACUUGUCCUGAAAAUGAAUAUAUGUUAUGUUCUGGGUCUCAUGAUGGGACUGUCAAGGUAUGGGACGUUAGAUCCAGUUCUCCAAUGUAUACCAUCACAAGAGAAGAUAAAUCAGUGAAGAAAGGUAUUAAUGAUAAAGUGUUGGCGGUUAGAUGGGCUGAAAAAGUGGGGAUUAUUAGUGGGGGUCAAGAUAAAAAGAUUCAAAUAAAUAAAGGUGACAAUAUUUUUAAGCAAUAG